AUGGCAGACCACCUCUUCUCCCCCGGCGCCCCCCCAAAGCCCCUCCGCAUCGAGUACACCGGCCCCCUAUACGACGGCGACGACUGGGAUACGUACCCCAGUCGACAAGGCUGGGAAUCUGCGCCAAACACGCCAAAGUUCCCUCCACGACGAAUCCCGCCUGAGUUCCACCCAUAUAUCGAGUGCUGGCUGUAUUUCGGCACGCUGCACUACGUCUUCGGGGACACGCUAGACCAGAAUGACUUUCUUGUCUGCGAGGGUGAAAAGCAGUACAUUACGACAAAGCACCUACCGAGGUAUAUUGAGAACACCAGAGCGUGGAAGAAGCGCAACCGCGGCACACGGAGUAUCGAAAUCGUCUCGAAAGUCUGCAAGGUCCUUCCACUCUAUUACAACACCAUCCGACCUCCCCUGCGCCUCGCCAUCCAGCUCCUGUCCCACGCCCUCUGGAACAUAGCCACCACCCGAGACCCCUCGCUACCAGCACAACCACCGCACGUCCGCACCUGGAUGUUCGCGCAGCCCAGCGAAGUCGAGACAAUGGUAGGCGAUGGAUGGUGCCCGCUCGACGCGGAGAAAUGCCGCAAGGCCGGCGGGGAGGUUGAUACAGCAGCGUAUUUGCUACAACUCGUGCGGACGAAAGCGGACUGGAAUAAGCGGAGCCAUGAAGCGUGCAGGAAGACGGAGUGCGUGGCCGAUAACGUGGACGAGAGCGUCUACGUCACGCGGCAUGUCGACGGACGCUGUAACUGCCAGCACGUCCACGCCGACGUCGAAGCGCUGCACGCCAUCCUGAAAGAGGGGGACAUCCCGAUCGUAGAAAUCGCGCGGCGUCCAAGCGGCGGCGGGUACGAGAUUGCGGUCGCUCGGAGACAAAGCAGGCGGUACGUCGCCGUGUCGCACGUCUGGGCCGAUGGGCUCGGAAACCCAGCCAGCAACUCGCUGCCGCACUGCCAGAUCGAACUGCUCUACGCGCGGGCGAAGACCCUCCUCUCCGAGACGGAGUACGUCCCGCAGUACGAGAACGGCCCGUUUGGGGCUCUGCAUAGCGGCGCUGCACGACUGGCGCAUUUUGCAGGGCGCCGGGCGGAAGCGAGACGGGGGGAGGCUGUUCUCGUCUGGAUCGAUACGCUGUGUAUUCCGCAUGGGCGCGAGGUGCGCGGGCUGGCGAUCACGCGCAUCCGCGAUGUCUAUGUGCGAGCCUACAGGACCAUGCUGCUCGACUCGGAGAUCCGGCAACUCGCUUCCACAGCGAGCGCGCUCGAGCUCGUCCUCCGCGUGCUCUACUGCUCCGGCUGGAUCCGGCGGCUGUGGACGCUGCAGGAGGGGCUGGCUGCGAAGAGCAGGCUGUAUGUGCUGCUGUCCGACAAGGCGGUUAACAUCUCGACCAUGGCAGAUAGUCUGUUCACGAAACUUGAUCAGGGCAAAAUCCCGAUCUUCCAAGCGCGCAUUGCCCGGUUCGCGGCGGGCGUGUGGUACAGCUACUUCCAGCAUACGAUUGACGCGGCGUCGAAGUUCGAGAAGUUCGUGAAUGUGAUGACGAGUCCGUUCAUCGACGCGUCCAUCUCGCAGGACCAGCUGGUUGCCUGGAACUGGUUUAAUGUGGCGACGCGCGCGUCGAGCAAAGACGGGGACCGGCCGGUUGUGCUGGCGGGCGUGCUGGAUCUUGAUGUUGGGGCAAUUCUGAAAGUGAAGGGGGCGCACGAGCGCAUGCGCGUGUUUUAUAGUCUGCUCGACGGGUUUCCUGCCGAUGUGCUGUUUCAGGAUGGGCUGCGGUUUGAGGAGGAUGGGUGGCGCUGGGCGCUGAGGGUUUGUCGGUAUACGGAUGAGAUUCGGUAUUUGGGGCAUGGGGCCGGGAGGAUCACGGAGGGGGGGUUGCAGGUUACGGGGGUGCUUUCGUGGGUGUUUGAGUCGAGUGUUGUCUUUGAUCUGAGACGGCUGGAGGAGGAUGAUGGGCAGUUGGCCUGGGAGGCGUGGCUUGAUGCGGCGCAGAUUGAUCCAGAUAAGCCGGCGAAGGUGUUGCAUUUGAAGGCGAAGCAAGAUGUUUGUUUCCCAGCGGACGAGGUGCAGGGCAUUCUCCUGGAGGAGGUCAGGACUUCUCGUCCUGGGUCGGCGACGCGGUGUGCGCUGGUUUCGCUGCAGGCAAGAGACGAGGAGGUCCAUUAUGCGCGGUAUACGAGCGUGGCCACGGUGCAGUCUGUUGAUUUAGGCUUGUCGAGCUUUCCUGAUGAGGGCUUCCUGAUCGGGGGCACCUGGGAUGACUUGCAAAGGCGAGAGUGGGUGGUAGGAUAA